AUGAGCGUUGUAUCCUCUCGCGACAUGGAACCAGAAGCUCAUAAUGUCAUCGAUAAGAUAUGCGAGUACCCGCUCCAAGAGCCAGAUCCCGAUCAGGCUGCCGACCCUUUACGAACCCUCAGUGAAACCUUUAACCUUGGAGCCUUCCGAAUCCACUCGAUAACUUCUCAUCGCAUUAUCAAGACAGAUGACCAAUAUAAUGUCAACUUGUACGUGGUGACAGAAGACGGCAAUCCCUACCAGAAUGGUUGGAAAACAGAACUUGAACUCAGUUGGAUCGCUCUUGGCAAGGUAGUGGAAUAUUGGGAGCUGAAUGGCGGUCGGGACACUGCCCUUCGGAGAAUAAAUCCAUGCCUCCCGUUUUUCUGCAGAAAGGUACUUGCAGCUCUUGGCCACAGAAAGCAGCGGUACUGUCGACUGGAACUAUUUGUCGUUUUUCAAGGUGUGAACCCGGAUCCUUUGUGGAUGGAUGAGAUAUCUCUCCGUCUGGAUCGAAAUCUGGACCCAAGGACCUUGAACGACUACUGGAAGGCGGCGAAUAUUGUUGAACCCCCGAAGACAGACGACCUGCAGGCUGUGGCCGAAGAGUUAUUGGUACAACCCAAAAUGAUACCGAAAUGGUCAAUUACCAUAGGGUCGUUGUGA